GAUAAAAAAAAAGCUGCAACCUUUUUGUAAUCUUCUCCAAACUCUCAUCAAAAUCGAGGAGGAGAGAGAAAUAGAGAAGUGAAGAACCCUUCUCCUACCAGUUGUUGGAGUUACUUAUGGCCGAAGCUUCUUCAUCUUCACAAACACUGGAUUUUUAUUAUUUUAAUCUUUUUUAUUUGAGAUAAUUAAUCAAAGUAUUAUCUUCUACUCCUAUUCCUAUCACACGAAGGAUUACCCAUAAAGAAUUUUUUAUUAUUUAACCCUAAAUUCCCAGGUUACGUGAAACCCUUGUUGUCGUGUCGCGUAAUUUCAAUCACUUUCUCUCUCCUCUACAGUUUAUCUUUUGGUCCAAGUUCGUUCCCUUUUCAUUCUUUCAAUCUUCUUUCUUUUUCCCACAAUUUCUGUUAAUCUGUUGGCAGAUAUUUUUUUUUUCUCUGCUUAAUUUGGUAAGAAAUUGACGAUCAGAGUUCAUUGAUUGUUUUGUUUGACUGUGAAUUUGGCAUUUAAUUGACGAAUCUGUUGAUGGUUAUGUUAGAUUUUGGGGGUUUUAUGACGAUUUCUUUGGUGGGUGUUUGAUAAUUUUAGGGUUUUGUUGAUGAAAUUUUUGAUUUUAUCUGGUGGGUAUUGAGAAUUCUGGACUGAUUUGGUGAAAUCUUCUCUGUUACAUUGAAAUUCUUCUGUUUUAUGUUUGCUGAUUGUGGGUUUGUUUGACAUAGAGCUCGAAUUGCUUGUAGUUGCAGUAAGCUUUCUGCUAACAGAUUUGUGUUUUGUCUACCCAAUUUUAUGGUUGGGUAGGAAUUAUCACUAGACAUUUAGUAAAUUCUGAGUAGCGGUGAGUUGUUUGAUUAGUUUGUGUUCGCUCCAUUGGGUUGUCUGAUUAGUUCUUCAGAUCAUUUGGGAUAGUUUAGGGAUUAGGUAUUAGUGGUUUUUCGUUUUUCUUGGGGCAAAAUGAGCUCGAAUGUCACUGGUGGAUACAUAGGUAGGGGGAAGCUUUUGAUCCAUAUUGCUGAAAAUGGACAUUCAUAUGAGCUCGAUUGCGAUGGUUCCACUGUUGUUGAGGCAGUUCAAAGGUUUAUUGAAUCAAUGGGAGGGGUUCAGUUUGGUGACCAGCUUCUUCUGUGUGGGGAUAUGAAGUUAGAGUCUAAUGAGGUGCUUGGGACAUACAAGCUGCCUUCUGAUGAACAAGAAGUGUUCUGUUUCAACAAGGCGAGAUUGCAAGCCAAUGCUGUACCCCCUCCUCAAGAACAAAUUGAAAUCCAGGUCAUUCCAGAGCCAUCUCCACCAUCUUCGAACCAUGAUGCUCAUCCAUUGGAUAAUGCUGUUGAUCCUGCACUCAAAGCGUUGCCUUCUUAUGAACGACAGUUUCGGUACCAUUACCAUUGUGGGCAUGCCAUAUACAGUAGAACAAUUGGGAAAUUUGAAGUCUGUGAGAGGCUUCUGAGAGAGCAGAAGGUGCAAGAAAGGGCUAUAGAGAUUGCAAGGCGUAACUUGGAUUACUUUUUUAGGAUACUUAAUCAAAAUUACUUGGAUUUUCUGAAGUGUUAUUCGCAGCAGCACCGUUCACAUUCUGAUCUGUUGUUGAAUUUUACAAGGGAAAUCGAAAAGUUAAGAUCUUGUAAACUUAUCCCAGCUCUACAAACAUCCUCUCGCAAGUGUCUACUGGAUCUUGUAAAAGAAGAAAACUUGAGGAAAUGGGUUGAGAAUUGUACCUGUUCUCACAAGCAGUUUGAGAACAAGGUUUCACAAUUCAAGCACGUGUUUGGAAAACUGAAGCAUGACGUUGAAGAACUAUUUUCAAGCAAAUCAUUGUUGCCAAUUAGGGAUCUGGAGUUGAUGAUCAAGGAACAAUAUCGACAAGUGAAUGAACAGAGGAGUAUUAUGCAAUCUUUAAGCAAGGAUGUUAGCACAGUAAAAAAACUGGUGGAUGAUUGUCUAUCAAGCCAGUUAUCCUCUUCUCUCCGGCCUCAUGACGCAGUUUCUGCCCUAGGCCCUAUGUAUGAUGUCCACGAUAAAAGUCAUCUUCCUAAGAUGACAGCUUGUGACAGCUCAAUAUCUGAUCUUCUUGAUUACUGCACAGAUAAAAAGAAUGAAAUGAAUAAUUUUGUUCACAGUUACAUGCAAAAAAUUGCAUAUAUUCAACAUACCAUCAAAGAUGUUCGUUUGCAAUUCAAUGCUUUCUCAGAGGCAAUUAAGCGUCAGGAUGCUGUUUUUGAGGGCUUAAAGGUGGUUCGUGGUAUUGGCCCUGCUUAUAGAUCAUGUCUAGCUGAAGUAGUGAGAAGAAAAGCCUCAAUGAAGCUUUACAUGGGCAUGGCAGGACAAUUGGCUGAAAAACUUGCUACAAAGAGGGAGGAUGAGGUGAGGAGACGAGAGGAUUUUUUGAAGGCACAAAGCUCAUUUAUACCGAGGGAUGUAUUAGCUGCCAUGGGAUUGUUUGAUACUCCUAGCCAAUGUGAUGUUAAUAUUGUUCCAUUUGACACUAGCUUGCUUGAUAUUGAUAUCAGGGAUAUUGACUGUUACGCACCUGAGUCUUUGGUUGGACUUCCAUUCAGGAGCGAGAAAUCCGGAUCUUCUAGGACCUCACUUUCUAUGUCCAACAACAGUUCUGUUGAAGGAAAUGCUGUUGUUACUCAUGAAAAGGACGAGGACCUCCUUGAUUUUUGUGACUUAGCAGAUGUUGCUGGAACUAGUAAAAUGGAAGUUGAAAAUGCAAAACUGAGAGCUGACCUUGCUUCAGCAAUUGCAAGGAUUUGUUCUUUCAGCCCUGAUGUGGAAUAUGAAUCACUUGAUGAUAGUAACAUAGACAGUUUGCUGAAAAAUGCUGCUGAGAAAACAGCUGAAGCAUUGCAACAGAAAGAUGAAUACGUUAAACAUCUUCAAUUGAUGUUGAAGGCCAAACAACAGCAGUGUCAAUCGUAUGAGAAACGGAUUGAAGAGUUGGCUACGCAAUUGUCUGACCAGUAUAUGCAGGCACGGAAAUGUUUGGACAAAAGUGAUGCCACUUAUGCAAAAUCAGAUGAUUGCAGGUCAGGAAUUUCGGAUCAUGGAGAGAGACAACUUGCUUGCCGAUCUAGUGAUCUCAUGGAUGAGAUUUCUUGCACAUCUAACCCAGCUGAUGCAAAAGAUGGACUUUUGCCUAGGAUGACUGGCAAAGCCCAAGAAGUAGACGAGAAUAUGACCGACUCUUCUGGAAUCCAGAAUCCUCAUUUAGACUCAUCUAUGAUGGAUCCACAACGAGAUGAUCAGCUGCUUGCUACUGGUAGUUCUGUAGAUGUCCUCCCUUCUGAAGCUCCUGGUGACCUUAGUCUGAGCACUGCUAAGGUCAAUACGGAUCAUGUGUUGGAACUGCAAAGUGCACUUGAAGACAAGGCAAAUCAACUGACUGAAACUGAAACCAGGCUCAAAUCUGCAUUGGAGGAUAUAUCGAAGCUUGGCUUAGAGAUGGAAAGCAGCAGGAAGCUACUAGAUGAAUCACAGAUGAAUUGUGCUCACCUAGAGAACUGCCUGCAUGAAGCUAGGCAAGAAGCCCAAACUCAUCUUUGUGCUGCUGACCGGAGAGCUUCAGAAUACAACACACUACGUGCAUCUGCUGUGAAAAUGCGUGGCCUCUUUGAAAGACUCAAGUCUUGUGUCAAUGCUUCCGGGGGGGUUACUGGUUUCGCCGAUGCGUUGCGUUCUUUAGCUCAAUCUCUUGUCAGCUCUACCAGCGAUGGUGAAGAUGAUGGUAAUGUCGAGUUUCGUACAUGUAUAAGGGUCCUUGCUGAUAAAGUUGGUAUUUUAUCGAGGCAACGUGCUGAGCUGCUCGAUAGGUACUCAAAGGCUGAAGCUGCAAACAAGCAGCUCUCAAAGGAUUUGGAAGAGAGGAAAGAAUUGGUUAAGACUUUAUACACAAAGCAUCAACUUGAGAAACAGGCAAAUAAGGAAAAAAUCUCUUUUUGCCGUUUCGAGGUCCAUGAGAUUGCUGCCUUUGUCCUCAAUUCAUCAGGGCAUUAUGAAGCAAUAAGCAGGAACUGCCCCAAUUAUUUUCUAUCUCCAGAAUCCGUUGCCUUGUUCAUCGAUCAUCUUCCCAUUCGACCUGCCUAUAUAAUUGGUCAGAUUGUUCACAUUGAGAGACGUGUUGUGUCAAGGCACGAACGCAGCAGCAGCAGUGGAGGUGAUCAACCUGAUUCAUCUGAUAGCACCUUAGCCACUCGUCUUCCUGUGGGAUGUGAAUACUUCAUUGUAACAGUUGCUAUGCUGCCUGAUAAUACCACCACCACCAUUCAUUCGCCAGUGCCUUCCUGAUCUCUGGCAAUAAUCCUAACAGACAUGAUGGAAGUAGGGAUAAUAAUAUAAAAAAAAGGAAAAAAAAAAGAAACUGUAAAUAAUGUAUCAUAUUUGAGAAACUUUCAACAUUCAAAUCCCUCUCCUUCACUGGAGGGUUCUUGUACAGUUGAAUGCUGACUUUGGUCUUUAGACUUUUUCCUUUGUAAAUAAGGUUACUUAGCAUAAAAUUGCGCUCUGAAUCUGCUUUAGCCUGUUAGUUUUGUGGAGUGGUCUUUCAAGGAGCUCUAAGUCUCAAGUAGGAUUGUAUCAUGUCCAUAUGGACAUAGGUGACUCGUAUUGGUAUUAUCAAUACAUUGUUAAGAAGUACCGAUGCAAGUCAUUUGGGAUAUCGGUGCUGAUA